AUGGCAGAUCCAGGCGCAGAGGUGCAUGCAAGCGAUGGCGGGGAUAAUGUAGGUCCCGUGGAGGCCAUCGAUCCAAGGCCAGCAACAAGGCGCCGUGUCAACCAUGUGGAUUUGAUCACAUGUGCCGGUGAUCGCGUUAGUGACUGUGCUUUGAGUGCGGUUUGUUUGAUUGCCGAGUAUGAUGAUGCGCAAAGCUUGUGCCAAAUUGGCGAGCUCACACUUGAGCAUGAAGAUGGUGUUCCUGAGUUUGUGCUAGAUGCAGGCACAGCAGAUGGUCUUGAGGACUAUGAGUUUGGUUUGGAUGAUGAUUCUUACGAUGAUUCCAACCAAGAACUUGAUCCCAGACUUUGCAUCCCACGCUGUGAUGACAGUGAGCCUUGGAUGUCACCAGAAGCCCUUGCAGAGCUAGAUGACAUAGCAGACCAGCACGAACUAGCCAGACUCCAGCGCACGCAGGUUCUACUUCCUCCUGAGACUUUGGAAGGAAGCACGCAGCCAGUCAAGCACUUGAGCACCAAGAUGGUGCGCACGUGGCGCGAGAAGGAAGAUCCAUCAUCCAAGCCCAUCUGGCUUCGCCGCAGCAGAUAUGUUGCUAGAGAGUUCAAUUGGAUGAGCGAGCGUAGCGAUUGCUUUAGCCCAGCAAGCAGUGCCAUCGCUAACAAGCUUUCGCCGAUCAUAGCGUUGCAGAAUAACUUUGCACUUGCUGCCAUCGACAUUCGCGACGCUUUUCUCACAGUCAAGCAGAAGGAACCAACGCUUGUCGAGUACAUCGAUAAAAGCGGCAACUGGCAAAGCUUUGCGCUAGGCAGACUCUUGCCAGGACAACGAGAUGGGUCAAAGGAGUGGUACUUGGACUUCACACAGUACCUUGAGCAGAUCAUCUCAGCGCAAAAGUGUGUUGCAUAUCCUUCUCUCUUGAGAACUCCAGCCCUGGACUGCCUCAUGCAACUACAUGUUGAUGAUGUUCUUGCGGCAGCGUUGCUUGCAUUCUUGGAGGAUGAAAUUGCGGCAGGCCUUAAGCAGAGGUACAAGGUUGCAGCGCAAAUCCUCACUUUGGAUAAUGCAAUCACUUUCCUGAAGAAGCGCCACAUUUUGUUGCCAGGCAAUGAAAUCCUGAUUGUGCCACACCCGAAGCAUUUUGAGAAGCUGUUUGCACUGCAUGGCGUGAAGGAAGGAGAUUGCUGCAAGAAAACUCCUUACGAUCCCAAGUUGGAUGAGCCGGAUACAUCAAAUCUUCUUGAAGGAGCUGACGCAAGCAUCUUCAGAACUUCACUGGGCAUCCUACUUUACCUCAGUCCUGAGUUGCUUGAGUGCCAGAAUGCCAUCAGAGCCUUGAGCGCAUACAUGGCAAAUCCGACACGUCAAGCCAUGUUGAGUUUGCGCCACUUGGUGAAGUACUUGCUUGGCGCCAGCGGCAAUGGCUUAAAGCUUAAGAGGGUUGUCCCAGGUCAAGGCCAUGCAGGUUGGUACGAUGACCCUAUGCCUCUUGAGACCCAGAGUGAUAGUGACUGGGCUUCGUCAAAGGGGCAUCGACGGAGUGUGUCAUCUUCCAUGGUCUUUGUGGCAGGCAAUUUGUUGUACUCAGCCAGCAGGUGUCAACGCUUGGUUAGCCUGUCCAGUGCAGAAGCGGAGGUCCACGCAGCAACUUCAACGAUGCGCGAUGGGAUCUUUGCUAGGCUGUUGAUUGAGUUUUGCACAGGUCAUAUGCCACAGGCCAAAGUUGUGUUGCAUAAGAUCAGCACGGAUCUGAAUUGCGCCGAUUUAGGCACAAAGCACAUGGCGAGAGCACGCAUGCGUAUGUUGCAGUUCCUCUUCCGGUCGUGUGAUGCGUAUGGCAAUGCCAUUGGAGAGGAUGAUUAUCUUGAUUUCACGGCCAAGCAGCAGUUCAAGAAGGCGGUCAAAGCAGUUCAGCAGGUUGCUCCAGGUCAAGCAAAGGCCCGUGUGAGACAAAUCAUGCUUGCCGCUCUCAUGAGCAUGGCCAAUGCAACAAACGCCUUGAGCCCGGAUGAUGAGCCCAAUGUCAAUGACAGCGAUCAGAAUGAUCUCAAUGAUGGAUGGAUGAGCCUAGUGAUGAGCCUUGUUUCCGAUGCAAUGGCAUGGAUGAUUGUGUUGUACGAGCAGUACCCAGGCUUGUUCACUGUGGUGAUACAGAUUGCUCUGUUGAUCCUUGCGUUCAUGAUCUUUGGAUUGCGCAGCCAUCGCAG